AAAUACAGAAGUGUAGUGCCUGUGUAUAAUUAGGUUCCAUUACCAUACCAUCCUAACAGCAGCCGCCAAACUACACAGCAACAGCAAUAGCCGCAGCUCUCUCCUCUCUCAAUUUCAUUGCUCGUUACAUUUGAUUCACUGGGUGAAAAAGCUCUGCAUGGCUCCUCCUGCUCAACUAUCAUCAGAAUUUGCUCCCGAUAGUAAAAAGAAUUUAGGCUCCAAUAUGGAAACAGUUAGGGGAAACUCUGGUCUAUUGACAAAUCCCCGUGGGAAAGGUUUGAGGUGCAUAAAGUCUGAAGAUUCUGUCCUAAUGGAUGAUCCGCCCACAGGUCAGGAUACUGAAGAGGAUGUUGCAGUAAAUAUAAAUGAUUCUACGGAUGGAACUGAGUAUUCAAGUUCAUUUGCUGAUAGUGCAUCUGGAAAUGAGAUUUGUUCUGGAAUGAGUGACGCUGAAGUUCAGUCACAAUUCUUUUCUGAUGAUGGAUUGGCUUCUACGUUCGAUGACUUUGGUGCAAUGUUCCCGAUGAGGAAAAAGAAACUCACUUGUCACUGGAGGACUUAUAUAAGACCCCUUAUGUGGCGCUGUAAAUGGGCAGAACUAAAAAUAAAGGAAUUCGGGUCUCAGGCAAUCAAGUGUGACCGAGAAAUUCUCGCACUUAAUCAGAGAAAACAUACGAGUUUGCAUCAAUAUCCAGCAGAAGAAUCUGGUUCGAGAUCUUUGCCUUAUACAUUACAAGAGCAAAAACAAAAGGUCUUGAAAAGGAGGAAACGAGAAAGAGUUGAAGAUAAAGUUGAUACCAAGUCGUAUAUGUCAAAUCACAACCUUUUUUCCUAUCUUGGUGAUAAGAGGUCCUAUCAAGAUGGAACUUUAAUAGCUGAUGAUUUAUGUAACACAGAGCAAACUACAACUGGCAAGAAUGAGUUUGGCCUUAGUAAUGAAUGGUCAUUUCUUGAAGAUAAAGACACUUCGUUAGAACAGAUAUUUCAGAAGAUUGAAGUAGUGCAUUCUCGAGUAAAGAAGCUGAAGUCUCAACUUAAUCUGAUUAUGUCAAAAAAUGCGGCAAAGUUCCCAUCCUCAGAAAAUUUGAGCCAUCUUGUUCCAUGUGAUGUGCAAACAAGCUCUGUACGAAGUCCUACUUUUUCAGCUUGCAACGGAGAUACAAUGUUGAUGGGAGGUCUAUAUGAUCCAAUUCACAGUAUAUCCGAAUAUGAUCUUGGAGACUUAAUGCUGCCUGAUAGCGCCGUUUCAAGUUUUGGAGAGGCUAUACAUAUUCCAGAUAUAAUAGAAAGCACUGUAGGAAUGUUAUCGUCUGUUGAUGUCACUCAACAUUAUUCUCAGAUGGGAGAUUCGGGCGAAGAUAUUGUGGAUAACAUCCCAAUACAUAACCAAGCAGCUGAAGCUGAUGAGGCAUACACUUCCAUAACAAGCAAGAAUCAGCAAUCUAAAGGCACAGUGAAGCACCAAGAGCCUGUGAAAAUUAAGAUCGAAGAAAGCAGUAUUAAUCCAGCCCUUCAGGCUUCUGGAGCUGAAGUAGUGCCAGAAGCUGUCAUGCCCCAAGAGCAAUUGACUCUGAAAUCACAAUUACCCUCAGAUUUCCAUUUUCCUAAGAAUAAAAGAAAAAGAGGAGAGCGUAAAGCUGGUAUGGGGAAUUGGAGCCGGCAAUGCCCAGGUGAUUCUGGUAACUAGUGAGCAGCUUCGAUAGACUUUAUUAUGAUCUUACAAAUCUUCAACACACAAACUUAGAGAAACUAGGCAAGUAUCCGAACCGCAGAGCCUUCGUCAGACUCAUUGUUUGCUUCAUCAGGAAAUGCAAGGUAUGUGCGGUACAAAGUCCACAAAGGUCGGAGAUGGCCGGUCUCUGGUGUAACAUUUGCUCUUCCCUUUUCAAUUAGCCACUAGACUGUAUCGAGGAUAUGAUGAAUAAUGCAUCAUCAGGAUCAUUUAGUUUAUGUUUACCGUCUCUCUCGCAAUACUUUCAAAACGCAAACGGAUUACAUUUUUAACUCUCAAAGGUCUUUGCAUACGUUCUACCC